AUGCUCUUCAUCGGUCUAACUGGAUCCAUCGCAACGGGCAAGUCAACCGUUUCCUCCAUCCUCUCCAACUCCCCUUACUCCAUUCCCCUCAUCGAUGCCGACGUCCUCGCCAGGAAAGUCGUUGAGCCUGGAACAAAUGGAUAUGCCGCCAUCGUGAAGCAUUUCUUCCCCACAACCCCGGACCUCCUCGUCCCGGUCUCAGAAGAUAUGCCCGAGGCUGGGCCCGACGGCAGAGGACGACCACUCAACAGGCCCGCCCUCGGCAAGCGCGUCUUCGGCGACACGGAAGAGCUUAAAAAGGACCGCGCCGUCCUCAACGGCAUCGUUCACCCGGCCGUCCGCUCUGAGAUGUAUAAGGCAAUCCUCCGCGCCUACUUCACUGGUCACUGGGCUGUUCUCCUCGACGUUCCCCUGUUAUUCGAGAGCAGCCUCGAUCGCCUCUGCGGCACCGUUUUCGUCGUUGCGGUCAAGGAUCCCGAGGUACAGAUGCAGCGUCUCAUGGCCCGUGACCCUCAUCUCAGCCGCGAAGAUGCCGAGAAUCGCGUGCUCAGUCAGACGGAUGUCAGACUCAAGGCCCGGAGAUGCGAGGCCAGAGGCAAGGGCAAGGGCGUCGUACUGUGGAACGACGGAUCAAAGGAAGACCUCAAGAAAGACAUCGGCGAUGCUAUCCGUCAUGUGCAGGCUUCCAGCCCAGUCUGGUGGAGCUGGCUACUCCUGGCAUGUCCACCAGCAGCCGCAGCCUUGGGGGCCUGGCGAUUUUGGCAGAACAUCCGCAUCAAUAAGGCGUGGGCGGAGCAGGAGAGGAUCGAGAGGGCGAAAUUGUAG